AUGGCUAUGCUUGCGUCCAAGUCGCCUUAUUCGGCCCCUUCUUUGGGAGCUGCGUCAUCCUCGCAGGCCUUGCCGCAGUACAAUACUACAGUGACCACCUACCGCACUCAUGCGACGCCUGCACGUACCGAGCAUGCCUUCUUCGCCUCUCCCACCGAGUCCGAGUUCUCCGAGAACUACGAUGGUCCUGAUUCUGUUAGACACUGGAACGAAGAAAGGGUCGGCGAAUGGCUCAAGUCAAUCAACUGCGCACAAUACAUUGACCUAUUCAAGCGGAACAACAUCAACGGCGAGAACCUCUUGGAAAUGGACCAGACCCAUCUCAAGGAUAUGGGCAUCAAAAAGGUCGGUGAUCGCGUUCGCAUCGGGACCCACGCCAAGCAACUCCGAACCAAGGAGUACAAGAAGGCCUCCAAGCGGACAUCGAAUAGGCAAUCCCUCGCAUUGCUCGAUCAUACCGCAUAUACCCCGCCCUCCUCCGGAUCCCCUCGACCCCUCCACUCUGCACGCACAAACACGACAACGAGCUCAAGGGACAAACGAGUGUCAAGGCAAUUCACCGGCUCGCUUGGCGCCACCGACUUGAACUAUGCGCCUGGUUCUGGUUAUGGCUCCAAAUCCCCAUCCCGCCCCGCUUCUCCACAGGUAGACCCGGAGAGCCGUGGUCUCAGGUCAGCGCGUUUUGCCGGUGUGAACAGCCCAAAGGAGUCUGGAAAGAAGGACUAUGCUUCGUCCUACUCAAGCCACCCCUUGAGUGCGUCGAGCACGAGCACCCGCUAUGCUUCUACCCAGCGUACCACACCGACCGAGACCCCUCAGACAGCCAGAUUUGCCGGCCAUGUGCGAGGCGCUUCCGAAAGCGCAACCAACAGUGCCAUUCUCCCACCAGACAAAGCCCUCAUCCGAGUCAUCUACGACGGAGGUAGCUCCAAGGUCGUCAACAUCGAGGGCUGCAAAUCGGCCGAGGAGAUCAUGUUGAAAACCCUCCGCAAGGGUCAACUGCCCGAAGCUCAUGUCAAGAAUUAUUGCUUCUACGUCCUUGAUGGCUCCGAUCCCAAUCCGGCUCUCUGCCGUCGUUUGGGCGAGACGGAUCUAGUUCGUGUGUGCAAGGACUCGACUAGGCACGAAAGGGGACGCUUGAUCUUGCGCAAGAUCCAUGCUGGGGAACCCGAAGAUGAUCAGCUGAAGACGGCCGCUGGCAUCUAUCAGCAGCAGAGUCUUCAGCAGACGCAGAAUAUCAUCCUGCCCACCAGCAACCGAAGUCAACUCAAGAUCGAGAAGAUCACUGGCGAGUCGCUUGCCGCCGUAAGCUACCCUCUCUCACCAACCUCGGCCAGGGAACGAGAGCGGCACAUCCACUCCACCGCUCAAGACCUCGAGAGGCCCUCUCACUCCCCUCUGCAUGCCGCUCGCGCACGCAAAUUGAAGCAGUUCUACGGGGCGCGCCCGCCAAGCGAGCUCAUCACCUCCGACCUGACCUCGUACUUCCCCGACGUCGAGAAAGACGAGAUCGACAAGACCAUCCGCAUGUCUAUCCGACGCUCGCGGAGACUCAGCCGUGCAGCAUCGCGCCUCUCCAUGGCAUCCAACUUCAGCGUAGCGUCAAGCCUGCGUGAUGCCCCUCCUCUUCCUUCCAUUGCAGACACCUGGCUUCAAGGCGGUAGCCAAGCUCGACCGCUCCGUCCCCUGUCGGUUAUGCGGUUAGGAUUACCCGCAACUGGAUAUCGAGACUCCGUCGCCUCCUCCGUCUUGGAGCCUCUUGAAGAAGAGUCCCCGCUGGAGCCUAGCCGCAAGUCAUAUGUCUCGUUCGGCGGUGACAGCGGAUCCGACACAGUCGCCGUCACCGAUCCCGAUGGGCAGACGACUCUUCAAUCUUACUUUGAUGAUGGCCGUAGCAGCAUGGCAGGCAGCAGUGCUGGGAAUACGGACAAUGGCGAUUCUCUCAACAAACGCCUGUCGCAAGCUAUUGCUGAGGAUGGAGAGGAGUACGAUGAUGAGCUUGCCGAGUAUCUGGAGCAGGAUUCUUGGGAGAAUGUCAAGUACAUGAAGGGUGCCCUCAUCGGCCAGGGAUCUUUCGGAAGUGUCUAUCUGGCACUCCACGCCGUCACCGGCGAACUUAUGGCUGUCAAGCAGGUCGAGCUUCCGUCCGCCUCCGGCACUUCCCAAAUGGAUCAGAAGAAGACCAACAUGGUUGAGGCACUCAAGCACGAGAUUGGUCUCUUGCGUGAUCUCAAGCACGAGAACAUCGUGCAGUAUCUGGGGUCCAGUUCCGACGAACAUCACCUGAAUAUUUUCCUGGAGUACGUCCCUGGAGGAUCGGUCGCCACAAUGCUCGUCAACUAUGGUCCGCUGGGAGAAUCCCUCAUUCAGAACUUCGUCCGCCAGAUCCUGCAAGGUCUAUCUUACCUGCACUCUCGGGACAUCAUCCAUCGUGAUAUCAAGGGAGCCAACAUCCUCGUUGACAACAAGGGCUCCGUAAAGAUUUCCGAUUUUGGUAUCUCCAAACGCGUCGAAGCCUCGACGAUUCUCAGCGGUCCCGCGAGCGGCAAGAAGGGUGCUCAGCGCGUGUCCCUGCAGGGUUCCGUCUUCUGGAUGGCGCCCGAAGUCGUCCGUCAAACCGCGUACACGCGCAAGGCCGAUAUCUGGUCGCUUGGCUGUCUCAUCGUCGAGAUGUACACGGGCAGCCAUCCCCACCCAAACUGCACCCAGAUGCAGGCCAUCUUCAAGAUUGGCAUGAGCGGCGAUGCAUGCCCAACGAUGCCAGAGAACGCCGGGGAAAAUGCACGGGCUUUCCUCAGCCAGACGUUCUUGAUCGAUCACGAGAAGCGCCCUAGCGCGGACGAGCUUCUGGCCAGCCCCUUCAUCACCGCCCAAGCCGCUUGA